UUUCAUAAAUAACACAUGACCCGUAAUGGGUUGACCCAUCAAGUUGAUAUUCCCUCACAGCUAAGUUCACUAAUGACUCACACUCUUCAAUAUAUAUACUAUAUAUAUAUAUCUGUGUGUCUGUGUGUAUGUUUUAUAGCCCAGCAUAACUUCUUAUAGUUCUCAUCACUCUCUCCUCUAUACACUCCCAUUCUCUCUUAUUAACUUGUGGAGCUGCUGCUGUGCCUCCUGCUCCCAUGGCGGCCUCGGCUGCAGCUCUUCUCUUCCUCUUGCUGCUUGUUUCGCCAUUGACACUGGCUCUUCGGGUGCAGAAAGGGCAGGAGAUGGACAGGAUCUCGGCCCUUCCCGGGCAGCCAGCGGUGGUGUUCUCGCAGUUCUCAGGAUAUGUCACGGUCAAUGAGAAGCACGGCCGAGCCCUCUUCUACUGGCUGACCGAAGCCACCACCUCGCCGGAAAAGAAGCCGCUUGUUCUUUGGCUCAAUGGAGGACCGGGCUGUUCAUCCGUUGCAUAUGGGGCUUCCGAGGAAAUCGGACCCUUCCGGAUAAACCAGAACGGUUCGUCUCUAUAUAUCAACAAGUAUUCUUGGAAUAAAGAGGCAAAUAUUCUAUUUCUUGAGUCCCCCGCUGGGGUUGGCUUCUCAUACACAAACACCAGUUCCGACCUCGAAGAUACCGGAGACAAACGGACAGCUCAGGACGCCCUUAUUUUUCUUAUAAGAUGGAUGGCGAGAUUUCCUCAAUACAAAUAUCGAGAAUUCUACAUCUCGGGGGAGAGCUACGCAGGCCAUUAUGUUCCCCAGUUGGCAAUGAAGGUCCAUGACUAUAAUAAGGGACGGUCUCGUCCCAUUCUCAACCUCAAGGGAUUCAUUGUGGGGAAUGCCGUUAUGGACCACUACUACGACAACAUUGGUACGGUGACGUAUUGGUGGAGCCACUCCAUGAUCUCUGAUGCCAGCUACAAAUCCAUCCUCAAGUACUGCAACUUCUCGUCGGAAAAACCCUCGCAGAAAUGCGAUGACUCGGUGAUCUAUGCCGCGAAUGAGUUUGGGAACAUCGAUCAGUACAGCAUCUACACGCCCUCAUGUCCACGACUUUCCAAUGAGACUUUACCUUUGUUGAGGUUCAGGAAUAGCCUCCUCCAAAGACGGGUCUCGGGCUAUGAUCCUUGCACGGAAAAGUAUGCGGAGAAGUACUAUAACCGGCCCGACGUGCAGAAAGCCAUGCACGCAAACACCACGGGAAUUCCAUAUAGAUGGACUGCUUGCAGUGAUGUUUUGAUCAAGAACUGGAACGAUUCUGAAAUGUCUAUGCUGCCCACGUACAAGGAAUUAAUCUCAGCUGGCUUAAGGAUUUGGGUUUUCAGCGGUGACACCGACUCGGUAGUUCCAGUGACGGCCACAAGAUUCUCUCUCAGCCAUCUGAAUCUACCUAUCAAGACGCGGUGGUACCCUUGGUAUUCUGGUGAUCAGGUUGGCGGGUGGACAGAAGUCUACGAUGGUCUAACGUUUGCAACGGUGCGAGGAGCAGGCCACGAGGUCCCGCUCUUCCAACCAAAGCGAGCUUUUAUCCUCUUCAGAUCCUUCUUGGCCGGAAAGAAUCUGCCCGACUCUUGAUGCUGCUCGGCAUCAGGUGGGUCUGUGAGCAUAACUUUCGUGCAGGAGAAUGCUGAUUGCUUAGUCUAAUCUGAUCACCGGCAGAUGAAACCCGACUAGCCGGUGAGAACACUACAGCAAAUAUCCGGAUUUCUUUUUCCCUUUUACCUUUAAUUCAAAGUUCUUGGAGUAAUCCAAUGGACUAAGACAAAUAAAUAAUGUUGGGUCAAGGCAGAGAGAGGCGGGGAAAAUUCAUUUCAGUUUAGUGGUCAAUUUGAUUCUUCACAUUCAGAUAAUGAAUUGUAAACAGAACCUUUAAUUAUUGAAUGCAAGUGUUAAUGAACUUCUUCUAA